AUGUUUAUUUUCAAACCCCAACAACCCGAACCCGAUUUCCCGGUAUCCAGCGGGUUUCAUUUGGACGUAGCAGCCAUUUUGCGGAUGAUGGGCUGCCACUACGAAAUCGAGGACAAGGUCAUGCCCUUCAUACUGGACGUCACUAUAACCGCGAACCAGGCAGCUCGGGUAAACUCAGAAGAGGCUGCUCGUGAUGGCUUCGAGAAAGAAGAGCGAGCUAGUCGCGUGGUGGAGUGGUUGAAAGCUCAACAGCGGUUGCAGUGUGUUAAGGUUGCAGCACUUGACGAUCAGGAGGUGGAUCGUUCUGUUGCAGCAGUUAAGCUGUUUAUGAAUUAG